CGUUGUAAGAGUUGCAGCAGUAUCAACAUCCCUUGACAGAGGCUAGCUAUUUAGAGAGCUGUAGAGCUAUCAAGAAUGAAAUGAGCAAAGGGAAAGCAAAACUACAAAAUGAAAUCAUAGAUAGCGAGUUACCCGAAUAUAUUUCUGAACACGGCUAUUUGGAAACGGUGGACUAGGAUGCAUGUCUGUCACCGAUUUACUCAAAGGCAUUAUUGAGGUGAUGCAGCAGCGGCGAAAUAUCGUAACGGACUGCCUCCGGAGGAUAGCUAGCCAGCUUGCUAACAGUAGCUAGCUAGCCAGAUGCCUUUACAGAAAAAGGCGCAGUCUUUAGCAGGCCAACUCUUUUCCUAACCUCAACAUAUCCGAGAAACGUAGCUAGCUAAUAUUACAAUACAAUAUUGCGGGUACACAUAUAUGUGUUUAAUCGGCUAGCUAAGUUAAUGUUAUUGCUUUUCUCCAUUAGUAAUUUAACUAGCUAGAUGGCUAGCCAAUCCUGUCAAUUCAGUGGAUGAAUUUGGUAUUCUGUGGAGACGUUGCGCGAUAGACGCAGGCCCGGCUCAUAGUGUUCGGAUCACAACCAAAGAACAUGGAUCAGAAUGACAGAAUUUGCACGAAUAAAAAACAUAAAUUCAAUCCUGACCAGUCACUUCACUGAGGGAUCUCAACACUUGAUUUCUGGACACGUACUCGCCCCCGGAAUGAGAUAAUACAGCAUAAGAUAAUACAGCCGUGACAUUUGUCCACCCUGAGUUCAUUUCCACAGUCCAACAUGACCACACCAGCUCUACUGCCACUGUCGGGCCGCAGGAUACCCACCCUGUCACCCGGCGCUGCCUCUUUCCCACACCACAGGGCCACUCUGAGGCUCUCAGAGAAGUUUAUCCUCCUCCUCAUCCUCAGUGCCUUCAUCACUUUAUGCUUUGGGGCUUUCUUCUUCCUCCCGGACAACUCAAAACACAAGCGCUUUGACCUGGGCUUGGAAGAUGUGCUGAUUCCGCAUAUCGAGGCACCCAAGGGGGCUAAGCAUCUUGGUGGACAGGUGGUCAUACAUGGACAGGGGGGCCAUGAUGAACACAGACACAGGGAGGAGGAGGAGAGCCUGCGCGAUAAGAUUCGUGUGGACCACGAGCGUGCGCUGCAGGAAGCCAAGGAGAAGCUGAGGAAGUCCCGGGACGAGCUGCGGGCUGAGAUCCAGACGGAAAAGAGCAAGGUGGUGGAGGACCUAAAGAAGAAGAAGGAGGUGCCCAAGCCCCUGCCCCCUGUCCCCAUGCCCAAGGUGGUGGGGGUCAACGAUGGAGACCCCGUGGAGCCUGACGUCAAGGAAAAACGAGACAAGAUCAGAGAGAUGAUGAAGCAUGCGUGGGACAGCUACAGACAGUACGGAUGGGGACACAACGAGUUGAAACCUCUCGCCAAGAAAGGACAUUCCACCAAUAUCUUUGGUAAUUCCCAGAUGGGGGCGACCAUAGUGGAUGCCUUAGACAGUCUGUACAUGAUGGGCCUCCACGACGAGUUCAAGGAUGGACAGGAGUGGAUCGAGCAGAACCUGGACUUCAGUGUGAAUGCUGAGGUAUCUGUCUUCGAGGUCAACAUCCGCUUCAUCGGAGGACUGCUGGCCGCCUACUACCUCUCUGGACAGGAGGUGUUUAAGGUGAAGGCGGUCCAGUUGGCUGAGAAGCUGCUCCCAGCCUUCAACACUCCCACAGGCAUCCCCUGGGCCAUGGUCAACCUCAAGAGUGGUGUGGGGCGUAACUGGGGCUGGGCGUCAGCAGGCAGUAGUAUCCUGGCAGAGUUUGGAACACUACACAUGGAGUUUGUCCACCUCACUUACCUCACCGGGAACCCUGCCUACUACCAAAAGGUAAUGCACAUACGGAAGCUGCUGGCCAAAAUGGACCGACCCAACGGGCUCUACCCCAACUAUCUGAACCCUCGCACCGGUCGCUGGGGCCAACACCAUACAUCAGUUGGAGGUCUGGGGGACAGUUUCUAUGAGUACCUGCUCAAGGCCUGGCUCAUGUCAGACAAGACCGACACAGAGGCCCGCAAGACCUACGACGACGCCAUUGAGGCAAUCGAGCGCCACCUGAUCCGUAAGUCCAACGGCGGCCUGACGUUUAUCGGGGAGUGGAAGAAUGGCCACCUGGAGAGGAAGAUGGGUCACCUGACCUGCUUCGCCGGGGGGAUGUUCGCUCUGGGGGCCGACGGCUCACCUGACGACAAGGCUGGACACUACCUACAGCUGGGGGCUGAGAUCGCACACACCUGCCAUGAGUCCUACGACCGCACUGUGUUGAAGCUGGGUCCAGAGGCCUUUAAGUUUGACAGUGGUCUGGAAGCAGUGGCGGUGCGUCAGAAUGAGAAAUACUACAUCCUGAGGCCAGAGGUCAUCGAGACGUACUGGUACAUGUGGAGGUUCACCCAUGACCCCAAGUACAGGCAGUGGGGCUGGGAGGCAGCACAGGCUAUAGAUAAGUACUGCAGGGUCAGCGGGGGGUUCUCCGGGGUCAAGGAUGUCUACUCGUCCAACCCAACCUACGACGACGUUCAGCAGAGCUUCUUCCUGGCCGAGACGCUCAAGUAUCUGUACCUGUUGUUCUCUAGUGAUGACCUGAUGCCUUUGGAGAGCUGGGUGUUCAACACGGAGGCCCACCCCCUGCCGGUACUGCACCUGGCCAACUUCACCCUCCCAGGGAGCCAGGCCCAGCGGUAGAGACCAGAGGUCCUCCAGGGGACCAAUGCGUCCUUGCCUCCCUGCCUCCAUCUCUCCCUCUCACUACUACAGACUGCAGAAGGAGAGAGCUCAGACCAUUGUAGAGUGGAGGGGACUGGAACAAUAGCUCCCUUUCUUAUUCUUUAAUUCUCUCGCUCUCACUUUCUAUAGCUCUCUGCUGAUCAGAAGGACGGUGGGUGCGUUCAGCUUUUGUGAUUGCCCUCGUAAUGUGACUUUUUUUGUCAGGAGGCUUGAUUUGUUUUCACCAAACUGUCUCAUAACGGACGCAUACAGGGGCGAGAGGGUGUAUGGAGUCUGAACGAACAAACAGACAGACUUCUCUGAAGGGAUAGGUAUAUUCCAGACAGAGUCAGACUGACAGUAAAACUGUUUUUUUUUCAUUCUAUCUUUUGGACACUGAUUGGCGGGGACACAACAUUGUGACCCUCCUGGUCCGUCUGCCAUUUUCUGUUUACUCUCUUGACCUGGAACUGUAUCAGUGUUGCUUUGUGGAUAGGAGCAACGGCUUAAUGCGUCCCCCUCUGGCACCUUUCUAAAGUGGGCCUGUGAAAUGGAAUUGAUAUCCCUUGCGUUCUCUAUGCUACAUUCUGCCAUUUCUGUUCUUUCUCUAUCAUUCUCUCUUUCCAUCUCUCAUCAUUAGCAGGUGACAUAUUGUAGCUUAGCCUGGCCUCAAAUAAUUUUGUUGCUGCUAUUCAACCGAUGCUGCUUCUCUCUCUCCUCUCAACCUUGUCUUAUCACUCCAUUCCACCUCCAUCUUCUCUUUCUUGUCAUAUUUCUUCACUUCUCCAGUCACUCCUCUUGCCUGGUCAAUUUCUGUUCCUGUCUUUCCAUAAAUCACUAACACUCCACAGGCAAAUUGGACAGGUCUUGAUUUGGCCGUGAUUCUUGUCUGCUGAUAAAAUGGCCCCUGUGGAUAAAUUGUUAUGCACUUUGUUGCUUGGAUUACUGAGAGGGAAAAUGGAGUGAAGUUACAGCACUGUAGGAGCUGAAGACACAAAGCCCUUCAUUUAUUAUCUCUGUGUCUUUGACUCCUUUUAAAAUGACUGACACGGAGCCAUAUUGUUGCUCUAACACUACCACUGAUGGGUAUAGCCUGGAGUUUUUCCUGAUCAGGAACAACUCCCCACCCUACUGAUAGGGUUCUACCUAAACUGUUUCUUGUUCUCAUUCCAAUCACCACUCGCAUAUUAGGACUUGGGUUCCGUCACCUGUGCAAUGAGUAUGUUGAAUGAUAUGCCAUUCAUUCUCUAUGGGCUGUGUUCUUAAUGGACCUUUUGUGUUUCAUAUGAAUGUUGUUUCUGCAACAGUAGAUAGAACGGAAGGAACUCUGCUGUGUUUAGUGAGGAAUCUGUGAUUGGUGCAUUGGAGUGGAUGGGGAUAUACUUUAGGUUUAGGGGACUGAAGGUAACACUGCAAAAUAGAAAUGUACCCUGGAAGAAAUACCAUUUUUGUUGGAAGUAUCAAUUAAUUUAAAGCCUUAUCAAGUGUUGCUAUGUGUGACGCCUUUGGCCAAUACUUUUUUUAAUGUAUUUUUAUUUUACAAAAUGUUAUUCAUACACAAGCUCAUACACCACAAGCUCAUACACCACAAGCUCAUACACCACAAGCUCAUACACCACAAGCUCAUACACCACAAGCUCAUACACCACAAGCUCAUACACCACAAGCUCAUACACCACAAGCUCAUACACCACAAGCUCAUACACCACAAGCUCAUACACCACAAGCUCAUACACCACAAGCUCAUACACCACAAGCUCAUACACCACAAGCUCAUACACCACAAGCUCAUACACACCACAAGCUCAUACACACCACAAGCUCAUACCCCACAAGCUCAUACACACCACAAGCUCAUACCCCACAAGCUCAUACACACCACAAGCUCAUACACCACAAGCUCAUACACCACAAGCUCAUACACAACACAAGCUCAUACACACCACAAGCUCAUACCCCACAAGCUCAUACACACCACAAGCUCAUACCCCACAAGCUCAUACCCCACAAGCUCAUACACACCACAAGCUCAUACACCACAAGCUCAUACACACCACAAGCUCAUACCCCACAAGCUCAUACACCAGUCUGCUAGAAACCCAGCUGUCGCUCUAGCAGACCCAUGAUGAUGAAGGAAUAGUGAUGAGGAUAAUGUUGGGGUUGGGCUGAUUACAGAACAACUCACCUUGCCAAUCGAUAAAGCCAUACUAUAUUUGUGUUGCUGCUUAGCUAAUUGGUUGGUUUCUGUCACUAAUUUCUCAUGUCUUGAAUGAGUACCACCUGGCUGCACCUGUACAACACUUGUCUCACUCUAUUCCUCUUUCACACCCGUUCUACUCAUUCCUAUCCCUCCAGCUUCUAUUCCUCUCUUUCUCCCCUGCUAUUGCUCCCUCAGUCCCCAUUUGUCAGCAGCUCAGUGUCUCCCUCCUCGUGGUGGUGGCAGUAGCAGCAGCCUACUGGGGUAGAAUGGUAUGAAGUAUGUUUAUCACCUCCACCUCACUCUGACAUCCUCACUCUGACAUCACUGCUUCCUGUCUGGGUAGAAAGCCCAGGCGUUCUUUGGCACCGUCAGUCGCCGGGAGGAUGUUGAUUUUGAAAAAAGUGUUCCAUAUUUGUAUUUUUACUGAACAAAAAAAGACCUGUAAAUAUGUUUAAAAUGAGACAAUAAAGAUGUUAUGGAAAGUGAACAGAAUAACUAAAA